AUGAUGAAUCUAGCGAUUGAAAAGCCAUCGAGGGUGAUAAAGAUUUGCAUUGGAAAGGAGCCAGGAAGGGAGAAGCUUAGCUAUGCGGCCAAGAAGAGCUGCUUAAAAAGGCAAUUUGAAUAUGAAAAGUAUAUCAAUGAGUUUGAAGUAGGCAGUGGCAAGCCUGUGGGCAUGCAGAACCUGAAUGCGAAGCAUCACACAAAAGGCGUGUCUAUUGAUUUUUUUGAGCUGAAUGAAGAAGCAAGCUUUGCAAAUGAGUAUGACGAGGCAGAUGAUGCACAAUGCAAUCGCAGUAAGAUGGUUUUUGAGACAAAGUUUAUUGAGGCGUCAUUGAAGAACGAUAUCCGGGUGAAGAGUACAAGGUUUGCAAAUGAUGCAAUAUUUGUGUAUUUCUUUACUCUGAACGAUUCCAUAUCGUUCUAUAAACAAUUCUGUAUGCAUGCAGAGCUGUCAUUUUCAGAUGUGUCUGGGUUUGAACAGAUUCUGUCGAUGCCGUUUUCAGAGUGGACAAGUUUAAGCCUGAGCGUAGUUGAUGACGUGUGCAUUAAUGCUGAUGAUUAUAUGCCUGAUAAGCACUUGGCUGUGGAGCAAUGCAGUCCGAGGCAUUUUUGCAGCAAUGAGAUGAAGAGCUUGCUCUUUCCUGGUAAGAUCUAUGCUGAAAUGCAUGGCAUUGAUGCAUCCAGAGCAUGCACAGGUAUAUACUCGGCAGCAGAAAGCACAGUAGAUCAUAGCAAAAUUUCACAUGAGACUGUUUUUGAAAAGAGAAGCGAGUAUUUUCUUAGCAUCAGGAAUUUAUUUUCAAGAGCGGAUUUAAAAAACAUGGUGCAAGCAAUUGAGGCGGGUAGCAUAGACUUUGUAUUUAGGAAUUCCAAGGAACUAGCAGUUGGAUGCAAGUCUAACAAAAUAAUGCAGGAGGUGAUUGAGCAUCUUUCCGAGAAAAACCUUGUCAGGAUAAUUGAGAGUCUAGGAGAUGAUAUUGCACCAAUAGCAGCAAACAAGCAUGGGGCAUAUGUUGUGCAAAUGCUUAUAUCGAUGGCUAGAUUGCCGGAGACACAGGGUUUGAUCUCAAGAUGCUUCAAACGAUAUGGAAGGUUUUUGAUAAUGCAUGAGAUAGGCAAUUAUGCGAUCCAAAAGAUAAUACGGUUUGAUGCGGAUUUGAUAUUUGAAUUCUUUGAGUCAAGGAUUCUAGAUGUCUGUGGCGAUGAGCUAGGUGUAAGAAUAUUGAAGAGAUGUAUGGAAUUCUUCCCUGAAGAGAAGUGUGCUAUGCUUCAGAAUAUCUUGGAUAGGCAAGAAAGAAAGUCAAAAACUUAA